ACAACACGAAUUAAGACAGAAAUUUUCUAGGAAAUGGAUCAUAAGUCUGGAGUGAACCUCAAGCGGGUGGCGGCAUUUUUCCGUCGCACUACAGUAGGACCUGUGUGCAGGGUGCAGUCCACCUCGGACAUCGAACGCUGGCAAGUCUCGAAGGCAUACUUCUCACUGAUCACAUACUUGAACGAUGCGAGCACCGAGAUACAGGGGAUACGGAAUACCGACACCUUUCCGGUCAGCCAGAACAUCCACCGGUUGGCGGCCAUCUUCGACAGUCUGGACGCCAUGAUUGUGAGCAAUCCACCAGCGCCCGUCGUCCACGGCACCAAUGCCAGUGCCUCUUUUGAUCCGAGUAACAAGAGCUACAGGCGCUGGGCCCACAGCAUGCUGAGGGAUAUUUACCAGAUGGUUGAGAGAGCGGUGCCGGCCAGUAAAUGCAGGCAUGUGAAUGAACUGGGGGUGUAUUUAUCGGGGGCCUUCGGCAGCUCCACAAAAAUCGAGUAUGGAACUGGCCACGAGCUGAGCUUCAUGUUCUUUCUGUGCGCUCUAUUCAAGGCGCAGAUCCUAAGCCGGGAGGAAGACUUGUCUGCAUCGGUUCUGGUUCUAUUCGAUCGCUACCUGAAGUUCGUGCGCCGGCUGCAGGUCACCUAUUCGGUGACCUCAUCGAACUGGCAUGGGGGUUACUCCCUGGAUAAAUUUCAGUUUGUGCCCUUUAUUUGGGGAUUUGCCCAGCUGUGUUACGAGGGGCCCUUCUCGCCACGGAAAAUGCUGGACGAGGCCACCAUUGCGAAAUACAAGAAGGAGUACAUGCUGAUCGAUUGUGUGGGGCACAUGGCGAACACCUACAUCGGCACCUUCGCCCGUCACUCCAGCCUGCUUUGGAGCCUAGCCGCCUUGUCCUCGUGGACGAAGAUCCACCGCGGUCUGAUGUUCAUGUAUAUGGAGGAAAUCCUAUUGGACUUUGACAACCUGAAUGCCUUGCGAUUCGGUGAACUGAUGUCCUUCGAGGAAGAUAAAUCUGGCCGGCAACUGGGUAACGCUCGCCUGGGGGUGAUGUCCCCACUGCGUCGCCAAAUGGGCGAUAACCAGGACGAUCAGGAUCAGGAUCAGGAUCAGGAUCAAGAGCUGACUUCCAGAAGCGUCACUCCUUCGAUUUCGAAGAUGGAACUGAACGAAGGUGGUAAAAAUAAGCCCAUUGUGGAUGACGUUAUGUCCAACAGCGGUCUUUCCGUGGGCAGCGACUCCACAUCACUCAGCGGUGUGAGUAUCAAUCUGCCAACUUGGAUGGAUGACGGUCCGAGCAUUAAAAAGCACACGUUUAAAAAUUAAAGUAUUUGAGAAUGUUCGAUUAAAAUGUGAAUUCGUUAAGAAAAUGCAAUUCUAGCCGGAUCAAUUCAAAAUCAACUAAGCAUGACUAUUGAAUAACUUAACAAUUUUUAUAUAAGUUCAGUUUUAUCUAGUUCAAUAUGAUAAACUAUGUAUAAGUUGGAAAACAAAAUUUAAAAUGAAAGCAAAUACUUUAAAGAUAUAACGACAUUAUUCGACUGAUAUCACAGAAUCGAAAUUCAUCUAUAUGCAAAGCAUUCUAGCUACUUUUCCUCCGUGUAAUGGGAAAAUUAUGUGUGUCAUCUGCAUGAAUAUCCGGCAAAGACAUCUGCAACGUGGCAACGAUGUCAAGAGACCGGCAAACAUGGGUCCAAAGAUCAGCAGACCACGAAACCGGGUUUCAUCAAAUGCAAAACAGCAGCCAACUGGAAUAGAGAGGGCUUGGUCUCUGCCAGUGGCUGUGGAUGGGAGGUGUACCAGGAAUAUAACGCAUACGCCCCGUGAGCCACAGCAGCACUCGGGAGCAGCGGGCUGGCGACGAUGAAGUGCGAAAGCAUUUAUGCCACUGCAGAGGACUUUGGCGGCGGGACGGGGGAGUGACGCGACUCAAGUGACUCGACCAAAAGCGGAUUACCAACGCGACUUGAGUGACUUCCCGAGCAGGAGGCGGCAAAACAGCUAGAGUGGCAACAAUUGAAACGGCAGCUACAACCGCCGCUGCAGAGGCGAAAUGAGAAAAUGGAAAUGAAAAUGAAACAAGCGGCGUAUUGAUUUUUCCUCUUCAGCCCCAUCGCUUAACUCAACUCCCCGGCGUUGUGACGUCAAUGGGGCAGCACGCGCUAACAUCGCGGAGGCAGUCGGGUGAAAAACGGGAGGCCCACCACCUGAAAUCCUUGGCAGGCCUCAUUCGUGUUAUUCAAAUGUAUCAAGAACGAAUGCUUUGGGUGAAAAAAUGGACAUCCUUUCCAUUGUUACGGGAUUAAAAGUCACACAUUCAAAGUAAAUACAUAUGAGUUUGGUUUAAGGUCGGCCAAGUGCGUAUAAAACUUGAUUUAUAGGUGUCAUUUAGCGCACGAAACUGAAAAGUGAAUCGAUUUAUUAAGAUACUUAAGUUUUUCAAAAUGAACUGCAAUGUAUAUUGUUA